AAAUAAUAUGAUAAUAGUAUAUGUUGCCACCAUGGAUCAACCCUAAUUUUUUCAACCCCUAACUUUUGGUGGUCGGACUUUCUUCUGAUCGGACUAUUGAAGGUUUUCUUAGGUUGAUACUGAGCUUCAAUAGAAAAAAUGAGGUCUUCGAUCAAACGCCCGCCCACUCCAGACGCAGAGGAGGAAGAACAUGAUCGAGAACCUACUCUUCAAGAAAUCAUCAACAUCAAAUUGAUUGAGAGUGGCGAGAAAGAACGAUUGAAGGAGCUUCUGAGGGAAAGGCUUAUCGAGUGUGGUUGGAAAGAUGAAAUGAAAUCACUUUGCAGAUCAUUUACAAGGAAGAAAGGAAGGAGUAAUGUAACUAUUGAUGACCUUGUUCAUCUCAUUACACCAAAAGGCAGAGCUGCUGUUCCUGAUUCUGUAAAAGCUGAGCUAUUGCAAAGAAUUCGAUCUUUUCUUCAAUCAGCAGCUCUUUGAUUACAUUGCGAUUGUGAAAUGUUUUGAGGGUCGAAAUCUCAUGUAAUAUCAUUUGCAAUACUUACAUUUGUGUAGUUAAAAAAAAACUAUUUUAUUUAUGGGAAAAUGACUUUUGAGGGAAUCAA